CUAACCAUGAAUCUUCAAACGUUAUUCCAAGACUUCAAUCCUGGCAAGUUCUUGGUGCACUGCUGCCUAAUGGUAUUCACGGUGUUAUUUGCUCUCCGAAAGGACGAUGUCAUAGAAUGGAGCUACUGGUCCGUUUUUAGCCCGAUAUGGUUUUGGAAAGGCAUGGUAAUCUUGGGGGCAACGGUUGGAAGCUAUAUCUGGUGGAGGCAUCCCCAUGCUAGGCUGGAAGGCGAAGCCUAUGUUCAUUAUAAAGCAAUGCUGAUCACUUUAGCACUACACCUAAUUUUGUUGAUGUUUGAAUUACUUGUCUGUGACAAGCUAGAAUCCGGAAGACACUUGUGGAUAUUAGUCUUCAUACCACUGAUUUUUAUAUCAAUUGUAUCGAUAGCUGUAUGCAUUUGGGCUGUGAAACACGAUCGAUCAUUUGAGCUGGAAUUAUUUUGUGCAGUCAAUGUGUUACAAUUUAUAUUUAUUGCUCUGAGAUUGGAUGGUUUUAUCUCAUGGAGUUGGGAAGUUGUAUUUGUACCUCUCUGGGCAUUGUUAUGUUUGUCUCUAGUUGCUGUAUUAUAUGCCAUUGUUUUUGCCGCCGUCUUACUUAGAACUCCACAAAUAAAUGCGCGGCAAAGGCGGACGUCAUUAAAUUCUGCAUUGGGAUACACUUUUCUUGUAGUUCCCAUUUUAGUAUUCCAGGUGUUAUUAGCUAAUAAAUUAGACGGUGACCUGAUCAAGUAUACAACUGUGGCUAUGCCGUUGCUAGUUUCUCACAUCACUCUUAUAAUAAUGUCAUUUGGAGCCAAAGGCGGAAAUAGAUGGUGGUUCGGCAUCAGAAAAGAUUUCUAUCACUUCCUCCUGGGGUUGUGUCCAUUGCUUCAAGAGUACGGUAAUAUUUCAUACCAACCAAGGGGUGAAGCCGAUCAGCCACCUUCAGAGCCGAUGGUGUCUGAAAAAAGUCAAAAGCGUAUCAAGAAACACGACCUAACUAAACCUGUUGUGCCUGUAGAGAUCAUAGACAUGCCUGACUGAUCAUCUAAUCAUAGGUGCUUGUACAAAACGAAUUUAAUUAGGUCCACCUGGUUAACCCUCGGUUCAAAUCAUCACAAUAAUUGUUCAUAACGCAAUCGAAUAUAUAGGUCUUCGUCUUAAUUACAUCAGGAUUGAGCCAAAGUAUCCCAAUUUUGAAAAAUCAAAUCUUGAAAUUCUGCCCUUAAUGAUUAAAAAGGAGUCGACAUUAACUAAAACGAUACUCUCUAAAUUGAUCUGUCAGAUAUCAAUUUAAUUGAUAUUUCUUUGCUGCUUGUAAGUAUGCAUAUAGUGCAUUGAACUUUGAAAUAAGUUACUUGAGACAAGUCGAAGGACUCCUAAUUAUUAGUUUAUUCUGCCAAAUGAUUGCUGAUCAGAUUUGUGACGGGAAACAGCUGAGGCAUGUUGAUAGUUACCUCAUCGUUUGAAUCGAAUGGUAAGUUUCAAUUGCAAUAUGAUUGACCAAUCAAACCUACACAGUAUUGAAUUUCGUCCUUGGCUAAAGUUUUUCAAAGUUUUCCCAAAUAACUGCAUGAUUGGCUUCUUAAAUUUACGAAAUCUCGGGAAAUUUUUUCGACUCACUUCAGAUUGUGAUUAAACGUUAAAAACUGCAAAAAUAAGAUAUGUUCGUUCAAUAGCUCUAUGCGUUUUGGGAAAAUUUCAAGAAGGUUCUGUAACGCGGGAUACUAAGGGAAAAAUUGCGAAUAAGUUGCCACGUAUCAUUUGUAAAAAAGUUAUUAGUAUGGAACUUUUACCAUUUAUAUAUGUUUAGUUAUAUUCCUGGGAUCAAUGGUAAGCCAAAUGUCCAGUUGGAUGAUCAAGUUUUGUCUCUCGUCCAUGACUGCUCAAGGGAUUUCUUUUUGAGUAUUAUCUUUUGGAAUUCUACCAACUCGAGUAGUAGAAUAUUACUUGUCAAGUGUUGAGCAAUGAUAAAGUAAAUGAAAAUGUUGUUAACAUGUUGCCUGACAAUCGAUAUACGCCGGGAUAUUUUGUCUCACUAAAAAAUACCAAACGGGUCAGAAAUAAAAUACAUGAAAAUU